AUGAAUGGCUACGGAUCGCCCUACCUGUACAUGGGGGGCCCGGUGACCCAGGCCCGAGCGCCGCUCCAGAGGACCCCCAAGUGCGCGCGGUGCCGGAACCACGGCGUCCUGUCCUGGCUGAAGGGCCACAAGCGAUACUGCCGCUUCAAGGACUGCACCUGCGAGAAAUGCAUCCUGAUCAUCGAGAGGCAGCGGGUCAUGGCGGCUCAGGUGGCGCUCCGCAGACAGCAGGCCAACGAGAGUCUGGAGAGCCUCAUCCCAGAGUCUCUGAGAGCUCUGCCCGGCAUCACGGUGCCUGGACCCGGGGAGGGGAACAAGGGCUUGCCACACCGCUCUGGAGGAAUGGACCUCCUAUGGACCUCAAAACAGACUGCCAACACGCAGGGUAAGAUGAUGAGGAUAGUCAUAAUAAUAACAAUCAUAAUACGCUUUUAUUUAAGUCUAUAGCUUUCAUUUAUGAAAUGUUAUUCAUAUAAAUAUAUAUAUAUAUAUAUAUAUAGAAAUCAUUACAAAAAUAGAUCUCAAAUGUGCUGUAUUUGAUAAAGUUACAACAAAACCUAUACCUGAGAGAGAGCCGACGUUUGGACAAUUUAGUUAAAAAUGGGUUGACUACAUUUUGGCUAUUGGUUACAAACUGCGGCUAAUGGCAACACUGCAAUGGCAACAUUGCAAAAAGCAUCGCAUUAGACUCAAAAUUAAAAUCAACAAGAAUAGGCUAUUAUUGUAAUUAUUUCUUUAAAUUGUAGGCAAUAUCUUUAUCACAGAUAUUCAAGCUUUUUAACUUUUUUAAACGGCAAGCGUCACUGCAUGAAGGCAGUCAGCUUUCACUUUAUUGCGUGUGGCCUAAUAUAAUUUUUAUAAGUCUGUUAGUUGGUUUGAGAAAUUAAAUGAAUACAGAUUUGAUAUUUUAACUCACAGAAACCAAAGUAUCUUAUGGGGGUUCAACCCAGGGGUUAUGUCAACGGUGGCUGACCUUACAGAGACACAUUAAUAGACAUUGGUAUUAAAAAACAUUAUGCACUCACUAACUGUAAGUCGCUCUGGAUAAGAGCGUCUGCUAAAUGACUACAAUUUUUUUUUUUUAAACAUUUGGAAGAGUUUAUUUACAGAACGCUAUAUCCACCAGUUUUUCACAUGAGUGUUUUUUUUUAUUAGAAAUGAAUGCUAUGUGUGUGUGAAAUACAGUAUUACUAUCCUCAUAUUUUUUAUUCAUAGAUUUGAGAUCCCCUCUAAAAAAUGCUGGGUCAAUAAUGACCCAAUUUGGGUAAUUUCUCUAACCUAGCACUGGGUCACUAUAGUACAUACCCAGCACUGGGUUAUUUCGACCGAGCAGCGGGUUGGUUUUGACUCUUUUGCUGGGUUCUUGUUAUUCAUGUAUUUCUGUUAUUUCUUACUUUACUGCUGGCUUCUUUUUUUCUACCUCGUCUCUAUUAAAUCAUCUGCUAUUUUUGGAAAGGUACAAAUACUUCUAACAAUAACAAUCAAUGUUACAACGUUACUACACCAGUCUAUGAAAUUCUUAAAAUGACAUAUGUCCAAUCAUGACAAAUUGUAGAUAAAAUACCCAAUGUUUAUUUUCAGAUAUUAAUUUCAGCUACAAGAUGAAGUCAUGCAAAAGAUAAACAAAUAAGGAUGACACAAAUAAAACAAAACUUUAGAAGCACAAUCAAAUCAAAUCAAAAUAAAAUAAAAUUGUAUUCGUCACAUGUGCCGAACACAACAGGUGUAGGCCUCACAGUGAAAUAAUUACUUACAAUCCAUCAUUAGAAAAUCACAGCAGCCCUACCAAUGAAAGCUGAGGAAAGGGGGCUGAAGAAAAGUAAAUCCUUUACCAUGUACUCCCCUAACAGGUAUCAAUUUUCAACAUGAAUGAAUGUAAAACACAACGAAACAUAACGUCUUCUGCUCCAGAGCCUGCCCAUUCACGAUGGUGAAUGCCAGGGAGUAGAGGCGAUUGUCCCGGAGAAUAAUCAGAACGAAGGGUUCGAGUCUCUUGUUGUUUUCUGUCGCCUGGCGGAGAUUUUCAGCCAUAUUGGUUCCAGCCUGAGGAUCAGAGAAUAUGAUUAUAAAAUGUUGAACAAUAAUCAAGACACACAUGACAUUUUUACACACACACACACAUUUCUGUGUGCAAGGCCUUAAUCUGCAUUGAGUUGAGUCCAGACACUGUGCAUGGUUUACAGUAUUACUAUGUUGUAGUCCGGUCUCCAGACCACAUACUGAGUGUCUCGUUCUUGAUAGCCGACCAAACUCAACUCCAUGAUGUACGACGGAGUUGAUCCGCGACUAGUGUGGGCGGACUGGAGCUCCGACGUCACAUAAAAUGAAUAUUUCAGCACACAGAAUGGGAUAAUGUGAUGUGUAAACGCGGCCUAUUCUUUGGGUGUUGAAAUCCGUAUUUUCCCCCUCCCCAAAAAAUGUAUCACUUUGGUACUAUUUUCACAAGUAUGUGGUACAUUUUCACAACUUUUAGUACAAAACUUCAAACUGGUAAUACUCGUAACGCAGCCAGUCUUUCAUUCAAAACCUGUCAUUGUGCAUUUAUUUGGAUUGUAAACGUCUCUCACCACACAACCAUCGAUUCAAAAUAUACGUUUAUUGUGAAAUGUAAUGACAACAUUGGUUUAAUCGCCAAAACACAACAUGUGGUCCUCUGUAGCUCAAUUGGUAGAGCAUGGCGCUUGUAACGCCAGGGUAGUGGGUUCGAUCCCCGGGACCACCCAUACGUAAAAAUGUAUGCACACAUGACUGUAAGUCGCUUUGGAUAAAAGCGUCUGCAAAAUGGCAUAUUAUUAUUAUGAAGAUAUAUUUUCAAUUUAGUCGUUUUAACUACCAGUUAAUCCAAUAGCAAAUGUGUUUCAAGAUACGUUUUCAAAUGGCCCUUAGAAGUGUAGAAAGUAAUAUGCUACAGUACUGUAAAUUACAGUUUUCACAUUAGGCAAUACACUUACAUUACCCAACAAAAUUGACAGAAAAUCUAUCCAAUGUGUAACCAAAGGUGUGAUCAAUGAAGACAUCCUCUAUAAUCAUGCAUUAAAAAAAAAAAGCAUUGUAUUUUUCAGAAAUAAUUGCAACAUAGGUGUGCUGUCUGUAAUCAAAUGUAAGAAAUUAAAUGAAACAAAUUAAAUGAAUUCAAAUAAAACUAACUUUAGCACGCAUUAAUUUGCAUCAAGCCGGUCUUGAGCAUUUGGCCAUAAAUUAUCAUCCACUGUGAAUGUCCUCAUAGUCCAUGCACCGCGGGAAAUAUCUUUUGGCAUGGCGUAUCCAAGCUUGACAUUGGUCUGCAUUGAUGUCGUCGCAUGCCUCAUCCAUGGCCAGAAGGAGGGCGGAACGCUCAUGGGGAUGGCAAUCGUACACCUUUCACCUCCAUGCUGAAAAAAAUGUCUCAAUAGGGUUGAGGAAAGGAGGGUGUGGGGGCAGGUAUAGGGUCACGAAUUGGGGAUGGGCCCAAACCAUGCCUGAAGCACCUCUGCAUGGUGGAACCUGACAUUGUCCCACACAAUGACAAAGGCGACCCCUUCACCUUGACAGGCCUGCUCAAUUUCAUUGAGAAACACAAUGAGCUGUGCAGCGUUGUAGGAUCCAAGUAAUGACCUACGUCCUAACACACCUUAAAAAUACACCUUAUGGAACAGCGGGGACUGUGAAGCAACACAAACAUAGGCACAGACACAUGCACACACACACACAUGAUAACAUAUGCACUAUACACACACGUACACAUGGAUUUUGGUGGUAGUAGAGUAGAGGCCUGAGGGCACACAUUUAGUAUGCUGUGAAAUCUGUUAUGAAUGUAUUGUAAUGUUUUUUUUAAAUGUAUAACUGCCUUAAUUUUGCUGAACCCCAGGAAGAGUAGCUGCUGCCUUGGCAGGAACUAAUGGGGAUUCUUAAUAAACCCCAGGAAGAGUAGCUGCUGCCUUGGCAGGAACUAAUGGGGAUCCAUAAUAAACCCCAGGAAGAGUAGCUGCUGCCUUGGCAGGAACUAAUGGGGAUCCAUAAUAAACCCCAGGAAGAGCAGCUGCUGCCUUGGCAGGAACUAAUGGGGAUCCAUAAUAAACCCCAGGAAGAGUAGCUGCUGCCUUGGCAGGAACUAAUGGGGAUCCAUAAUAAAUACAAAUACAAAUACACCAUCUUCAGAGAUAGCUGUGCACAUGGAGGUGUUUCCCCCACGUUGUCCAGGCACUUGGACGGUCGCCCGUUUGCGGAUGAGGUUCCGCCCACGGCAUCGAGUUUCUGCCAGGUUGAAGCCCGCUUCAUCAACGAAGAUAUACUUGUGAUGGUCCACAGCAGCACCAACACCCUCUAAACAUAUAAUUUGGUUAGUUAUUUCUACAGUACAGUUCCAAUAUUACAUUGUGAAGUAGCAUGUGCAUCACAUAGUAACAGUAAUAUCAAAUCUAAUUGUAUUGGUCACAUACACGUGUUUAGCAGAUGUUAUUGCUGGUGUAGCGAAAUGCUUGUGCUUCUAGCUCCGACCGUGCAGUAAUAUGGAGUUCUGCAGUAUAUAGUGCAGUGGUUUCACCCAGUCGUUGUUUCUCUCAGAAGGCACCAGGUAAAUGUGUUCCAUAGAUACCUGGUGUCUCUUCAAAAGGCUCCAGGUCAAUGUGUUCCAUAGAUACCUGGUGUCUCUUCAAAAGGCACCAGGUAAAUGUGUUCCAUAGAUACCUGCUGCCUCUUCAAAAGGCGGGUGAUUGUUGUUAGGCUGAUGGAUGCCACAUUGGUAAAGGUGUCAUCAUUCUCCUCAAUGGCCUGCUUUAUUUCAGACAGACGUAUGUCAUUCCUGGCCCUCACCAUUUCCACCACGGCCCGCUCCUGCUGGUCGGUCAGCACACGGCCACCACCACGGGGUCUCCUGUCAGUCCUGAGGGUAGAACAGAGUAUACAAUCAAUAGAUCAUACUGUAAGAAUACCGUAACAUGUUUUGUGAAUUUACAUGCAUUGCAAUAUGUAAUUUACUGUAAAUGUAAUGGUAAAGCAUAGUGCAUAUCCUACAGACUUACCGGUUUUCUUGGUGAACAUUUCUCGUGAUCGAAUUGACAGUUGAUCUUUUCAGAUUGUGGUGAACUAAUCUGGCAGCCUCUGUCAUGGUAAGGCCUCUGUUUACCACAUGGUCAACGACGAUGGCCCGGACUUCAUUAGACACAACAGUUCCCUGCCGUCUGCCUCCCUCUCUCUGAUGGCCACCUCUCUGACGGGCCCCUCGUCCACCUCUCUGACGGGCCCCUCGUCCUCUCUGAUUGGCCCCUCAUCCACGAGCUCUUUGAUUUUUCCUCUCCCUUGCUGUCUAUCCUGCUCCAUGUUGAAAGAAAUUGUGUUCACACACCCCCUUUCAUAUGGUGACCAAUUGUGAAAUCAAUUAGCAAUAAUGAGUAGUCAUUAUGUAUGGUUAUCAUGUAUCAUACAUGUCAUUUACAUGUAUGUAUUUUACAAACACACAUUUUAUUUCUGUAGUUCUCAAAAUCCAUAUAUAGUAGACAAACCAGUUUAAAAUCUAUAGGUUUACCAAACGGUUAAGUGAUUAACCAUUAUGCACAGUUGGAUUAAGUGAUGGUCAAAUGUAUUUAAACAAAUGAGAAGAGAAUCAUAUGAAAAGUAUUGUGAGCAUUGCAUUGUGAAAGGCAAUUACUUUAUAUAAAAGAUAUUUCUAGAUGAAACACUGAUUGGUGAAAAAGUUACUGUGUGAUUUUGUGUGUUGUACUAGUCAAUUGAAAAUGUGCUUAAAGUAAAACAUUUUAAAAAAAAGAAGCAUUUUUGAUGAUCUGUUUUGAGUUUUGUACUACAUUUUACCACAUACUUCUGAAAAUAGUACCAAGGCAAAAACAAAAACUGGUAAAAAAUAUUUUUAUGUGACGUGGAAGCUCCAGUCCGCUAGUCACUGCUCAACUCCAUCGUACGUCAUGGAGUUGACCUUACUCAGCUAGGUGUUGGAUAUAUUUUUACUCGGUCUUGACUCUGACUCAUUCUCGGACAAUGAGGACUCGUCAUUUCUUUCCUAGACCAGCCGAGGCCAGCGCUGUAAAAAAAAAACUGAAUUACAGUCAGAUAAGGUAGAGAAAGUCUGAAUUACAGUCAGAUAAGGUAGAGAAAGUCUGAAUUACAGUCAGAUAAGGUAGAGAAAGUCUGAAUUACAGUCAGAUAAGGUAGAGAAAGUCUGAAUUACAGUCAGAUAAGGUAGAGAAAGUCUGAAUUACAGUCAGAUAAGGUAGAGAAAGUCUGAAUUACAGUCAGAUAAGGUAGAGAAAGUCUGAAUUACAGUCAGAUAAGGUAGAGAAAGUCUGAAUUACAGUCAGAUAAGGUAGAGAAAGUCUGAAUUACAGUCAGAUAAGGUAGAGAAAGUCAGAAUUACAGUCAGAUAAGGUAGAGAAAGCGAGACAUCCCACUUCCUAAUUUCUUCUGGUCAGGGCGUGGUCUGCUCAUUGCCCUGCAGAGGAUAUGGUAGAGCAGGGGUGUCUAACUCAUUCCAUGGAGGGCCUAGUGUCUGCAGGUUUUUGGUUUUUACUUUCAACAAAGCCCUAGACGACCAGGUAUGGGGAGUUCCUUACUAAUUAGUGACCUUAAUUCAUCAAUCAAGUACAAGGGAGGAGCAAAAACCUGCAGACACUCGGCCCUCUGUGGAAUGAGUUUGACACCUGUGUGAUGGAGAAAGGAGACAUCUCACCGGCUAUAACAAGUAGACCAGAGGCAGCUGUUCCCUCUCUCACAUGAGCAUGCCAGAGAUUAUGGAGGAACCGUGAGCAUGCCAGAGAUUAUGGAGGAACCGUGAGCAUGCCAGAGAUUAUGGAGGAACCGUGAGCAUGCCAGAGAUUAUGGAGGAACCGUGAUCAUGCCAGAGAUUAUGGAGGAACCGUGAUCAUGCCAGAGAUUAUGGAGGAACCGUGAGCAUGCCAGAGAUUAUGGAGGAACCGUGAUCAUGCCAGAGAUUAUGGAGGAACCGUGAGCAUGCCAGAGAUUAUGGAGGAACCGUGAUAAUGCCAGAGAUUAUGGAGGGACCGUGAGUAUGCCAGAGAUUAUGGAGGAACCGUGAUCAUGCAGAGAUUAUGGAGGAACCGUGAUCAUGCCAGAGAUUAUGGAGGAACCGUGAGCAUGCCAGAGAUUAUGGAGGAACCGUGAUAAUGCCAGAGAUUAUGGAGGGACCGUGAGCAUGCCAGAGAUUAUGGAAGAACCGUGAUCAUGCCAGAGAUUAUGGAGGAUCCGUGAUCAUGCCAGAGAUUAUAGAGGAACCGUGAGCAUGCCAGAGAUUAUGGAAGAACUGUGAGCAUGCCAGAGAUUAUGGAGGAACCGUGAUCAUGCCAGAGAUUAUGGAGGAACCGUGAUAAUGCCAGAGAUUAUGGAGGGACCGUGAGUAUGCCAGAGAUUAUGGAGGAACCGUGAUCAUGCAGAGAUUAUGGAGGAACCGUGAUCAUGCCAGAGAUUAUGGAGGAACCGUGAGCAUGCCAGAGAUUAUGGAGGAACCGUGAUAAUGCCAGAGAUUAUGGAGGGACCGUGAGCAUGCCAGAGAUUAUGGAAGAACCGUGAUCAUGCCAGAGAUUAUGGAGGAUCCGUGAUCAUGCCAGAGAUUAUAGAGGAACCGUGAGCAUGCCAGAGAUUAUGGAAGAACUGUGAGCAUGCCAGAGAUUAUGGAGGAACCGUGAUCAUGCCAGAGAUUAUGGAGGUGCACUAUGCAGAAAUCGCCAUUUCCUGAUUGCUAAAAUUCUAAUAGUUUUCCUAAUUUCAGUUUAUAUGACAAAACAAGCAAGGAUAGUAUAGACAUUUUACAUUUUAGUCAUUUAGCAGACGCUCUUAUCCAGAGCGACUUACAGUUAGUGAGUGCAUACAUUUUUCAUACUGGCCCCCCGUGGGAAACGAUCCCACAACCCUGGCGUUGCAAGCGCCAUGCUCUACCAACUGAGCUACAGGGUAACAUUGAAAUAACCCACAUAGAACAGAUCUACCGCUUCUCAGACUGUCUUUCAAUGGGAAUUACUGAUCUAUAACUAACAUUUAUUUGUGAAUUUGGUCGGUUGUCCCAAAAAAACCAUAUUGCAGCUUAAAAAAUAUCCGAAAACUUUGUUGCUUGUAAAAAUUUUCGGUAACACUUUACUUGACACCCAGCGUCAUAACACGUAACGACACGGUCAUAACCAUGUCACAAUAUGUCACAACAGCUGCCAUAACUUGUCAUAACCUGUUAUAAUAUGGUCAUAACCCUGUCAUAACCCAUAUAUUUAGAGCUGUUGUGGCAUAUAUUGCGUUAUUUUAUGACUGGUUAUGACACCUACAUAAGAGUGUCAAAACCCACAAAACCCACAAGGCAAAACAUUCCAUUACACCAUAGCCUACCUGUCAACAGAUGGUUGUUAUAUAUAUAUUUGUUGUUGACCAUAUUAAAUUAACAUUGUAAUUGUGCACACAUUGAUGUCAGACAUGCACCUAACCCAAUGCUCUAUUGCUGAUGACCGGGAUGAAUGCAGGAGCAGAUUUCAGGAGCAGGACAAGACACCCUCUUAUUGACUGAUGACUGAUAUAAAGGCCUGUACGUGAUAGGCCUAUCAGGCUUAUAUGAUUAUGAUGGUCAUAAUGCUUCUUGAAAGUGGCAUAAAGGGUAUUUUCUUAGUCCAAGUAAAGUGACACAGGAUGGUCAUAAUGCUUCUUGACAGUGUCAUAAAGUGUAUUUUCUACAAGUUAUUUAAAAUGUGAUGAAAAAAACAUUACAUUUACAUUUACAUUACAUCAUUACAACAACAACAAAGGAUUUAAGAAACAAACUUUCAAACGAAAGGAAACUUCUUGGCAGGAAAAAAACACAUUUGAAUAAAUGUAGGUGUCAUAACCAGCCAUAAAAUAACGCAAUAUAUGUCACAACAGGUGUAAAUAUAUGGGUCAUGGCAGGGUUAUGACCCUAUAAUGACAGGUUAUGACAAGUAAUGUCACUGGGGGUUAAGUAAAGUUUUACAGAAUGUUCUUGAGUUACUGGUAGGGAACAGUCGUAUUAUCUAUUAUACACCUGUUUGGGUUAUUGACCAUUUCUAGAGUGGCUCUCUAUUUGCGCUCAGCAUGCAUUUGUUUCACCAUUCUGAAUGUCUACAGAAUCCAUAUGUUCUUCUGAAAUAUGAACAUAGAAAUAGUGGACAUUUUGAACUCUUAUUAUGGUGGUGAUUUGACACAAUUACUAACAUGGUCUUGAAUUGGACAUGCAUUUUUCUGGUCUCGGUCUUGGACCCCUCGUCCCCCUCCUGGUCUUGACUUGGUAAUAAUGUGCAAAUGUUGCACAAUCCAGGUGUGGAAAGCUCUUAGAGACUACCCAGAAAGACUCAGCUGUAAUCGCUGCCAAAGGUGCUUCAACAAACUAUUGACUACAUUUUCACAAUAAAAUUAACAAAUACAUGUUUUUAUUUUGUAAUUAUGGGGUAUUGUGUGUAGAUUGGUGAGAAAAAAAUAUUGAAUCAAUUUUGAAUUCAGGCUGUAACACAACAAAAUGUGAAAUAAGUCAAAGGGGUAUGAAUACUUUCUGAAGGAACUGUAAAUACACUCGGUACACUGGCUGUAGGAGAAACACUCUCAGGGCCACCUUUAGUAUCUUUAAGUGGAGAGUCAAAAUGGAUCCCUAAACUUGGAUGAACAAUUGAGACACUCCUUUCAUAUCAAUAUGUAGCUAUCUAGCGAUAGCUACCUAAAGUAACUGUGUCUGCAUCCAGACUAGCUAGCGAUAGCUGCCUAAAGUAACUGUGUCUGCAUCCAGACUAGCUAGCGAUAGCUACCUAAAGUAACUGUGUCUGCAUCCAGACUAGCUAGCGAUAGCUACCUAAAGUAACUGUGUCUGCAUCCAGACUAGCUAGCGAUAGCUACCUAAAGUAACUGUGUCUGCAUCCAGACUAGCUAGCGAUAGCUACCUAAAGUAACUGUGUCUGCAUCCAGACUAGCUAGCGAUAGCUACCUAAAGUAACUGUGUCUGCAUCCAGACUAGCUAGCGAUAGCUACCUAAAGUAACUGUGUCUGCAUCCAGACUGAGACUAGCUAGCGAUAGCUACCUAAAGUAACUGUGUCUGCAUCCAGACUAGCUAGCGAUAGCUACCUAAAGUAACUGUGUCUGCAUCCAGACUAGCUAGCGAUAGCUACCUAAAGUAACUGUGUCUGCAUCCAGACUAGCUAGCGAUAGCUACCUAAAGUAACUGUGUCUGCAUGCAGACUGAGACUAGCUAGCGAUAGCUACCUAAAGUAACUGUGUCUGCAUCCAGACUAGCUAGCGAUAGCUACCUAAAGUAACUGUGUCUGCAUCCAGACUAGCUAGCGAUAGCUACCUAAAGUAACUGUGUCUGCAUCCAGACUAGCUAGCGAUAGCUACCUAAAGUAACUGUGUCUGCAUGCAGACUGAGACUAGCUAGCGAUAGCUACCUAAAGUAACUGUGUCUGCAUCCAGACUAGCUAGCGAUAGCUACCUAAAGUAACUGUGUAUGCAUCCAGACUAGCUAGCGAUAGCUACCUAAAGUAACUGUGUCUGCAUCCAGACUGAGACUAGCUAGCGAUAGCUACCUAAAGUAACUGUGUCUGCAUCCAGACUAGCUAGCGAUAGCUACCUAAAGUAACUGUGUCUGCAUCCAGACUAGCUAGCGAUAGCUACCUAAAGUAACUGUGUCUGCAUCCAGGCUGAGACUAGCUAGCGAUAGCUACCUAAAGUAACUGUGUCUGCAUCCAGACUAGCUAGCGAUAGCUACCUAAAGUAACUGUGUCUGCAUCCAGACUGAGACUAGCUAGCGAUAGCUACCUAAAGUAACUGUGUCUGCAUCCAGACUAGCUAGCGAUAGCUACCUAAAGUAACUGUGUCUGCAUCCAGACUAGCUAGCGAUAGCUACCUAAAGUAACUGUGUCUGCAUCCAGACUAGCUAGCGAUAGCUACCUAAAGUAACUGUGUCUGCAUCCAGACUGAGACUAGCUAGCGAUAGCUACCUAAAGUAACUGUGUCUGCAUCCAGACUAGCUAGCGAUAGCUACCUAAAGUAACUGUGUCUGCAUCCAGACUGAGACUAGCUAGCUAACAAACAAUGAUGCUAAAAACCAUACAGCGACUGAAACACCAUAAAAGCAUGAGAUAACCUUGCCAAGUAGCUAGCUAGCUACCAACCAUUUUAAAUUAACUCAAAGACAUGGAAUAGGCCUAGCUAAGUAGCGUCUAUAGCAGGUCUAGCUAGCCAAACAGGGUGAAAAACCUAGUUUACGUGAAACAAUGCACCACACAGUAGGCCCACACAAGCUUUCUACAGGCAUUGACCAAACUUUAACAAAAACCUUACAUUUUUGCUACCCCACACAGCACAGUAAAAUAGCUUGCUAGCUAGCUAGCUAAGUUAGCAAAUGUUAUGUAGCAUGCAUGGGGUAGCUUGCUAGCGAAAAUGAUCUAAAAUUGUCAAUGACUGAGAUAAUAUGUAAUUAUGAUAGCUACAUCUAUUUAACCUGAAAGGAUAAUUAGUAACGUUAGCUUUUUACUCACAGUUUUUGGUUAGCCACAACGCCUUUCCCAUUUGUCCGUCGAAAAGUAGGCCUAAUUACACUCAGCACUGAUAGACUUGCUACACCUGCAAUAGUCCUCAUUCACGAGUUUGCUGGAUCACUUCGAUCUUCUGAAUUUGGCGGGAAAAUUAACCCACUCACUGGGUCAUAUCUCAAUAACCCAACAUCAAUAACCCAGCAUCAACAACCCAACCUUGUUCUUUUUAAAGAAAACAACCCAACUAAAAUCAAAUAAUUGUAUUUGUCAUAUGCGCCGAAUACAACAGGUGUAGACCUUACCGUGAAAUACUUACUUACAAGCCCUUAACCAACAAUGCAGUUCAAGAAAUAGAGUUAAGAAAAUAUUUACCAAGUAAACUAAAGUAAAAAAUGAAAUAAAAAGUAACACAAUAAAAUAACAAUAACGAGGCUAUAUACAGGGGGUACCGGUACCGAGUCAAUGUUUGGGGGUAGAGGUUAGUCGAGGUAAUAUGUACAUGUAGGGAGGGGUAAAGAGUCCGAGUGGCCAUUUGAUUAAUUGUUCAGCAGUCUUAUGGCUUGUGGGUAGAAGCUGUUAAGGAGCCUUUUGGACCUAGACUUGGCACUCUGGUACCGCUUGCCGUGCGGUAGCAGAGAGAACAGUCUAUGACUUGGGUGACCGGAGUCUUUGACCAUUAGGUCCUUCCUCUGACACCGCCUGGUAUAGAGGUCCUGGAUGGCAGGAAGCUUGGCCCCAGUGAUGUACUGGGCCCUACGCACUACCCUCUGUAGUGCCUUAUGGUUGGAUGCCGAGCAGUUGCCAUACCAGGCGGUGAUGCAACUGGUCAGGAUGCUGUCAAUGGUGCAGCUGUAUAACUUUUUGAGGAUCUGGGGACACAUUCCAAAUCUUUCAGUCUCCUGAGGGGGAAAAGGUGUUGUCGUGCCCUCUUCAUGACUGUCUUGGUGUGUUUGGACCAUGAUAGUUUGUUGGUGUUUUUGACACCAAGGAACUUGAAACUCUCGACCCGCUCCACUACAGGCCCGUCGAUAUCAAUGGGGGCGUGCUCUGUCCUCCUUUUCCUGUAGUCCACGAUCAGCUCCUUUGUCUUACUCACGUUGAGGGAGAGGUUGUUGUCCUGGAACCACACUGCCAGGUCUCUGACCUCCUCCCUAUAGGCUGUCUCAUCGUUGUCGGUGAUCAGGCCUACCACCGUUGUGUCGUCAGCAAACUUAAUGAUGGUGUUGGAGUCGUGCCUGGCCACGCAGUCGUGGGUGACUAGGGAGUACAGGAGGAGACUAAGCACACACCACUGAGGGGCCCCCGUGUUGAGGAUCAGCGUGGCAGAUGUGUUGUUACCUACUCUUACCACCUGGGGGCGGCCCGUCAGGAAGUCCAGGAUCCAGUUGCAGAGGGAGGUGUUAAGUCCCAGGGUCCUUAGCUUAGUGAUGAGCUUUGUGGGCACUAUGGUGUUGACCCCUGAGCUGUAGUCAAUGAACAGCAUUCUCCCAUAGGUGUUCCUUUUGUCCAGGUGGGAAAGGGCAGUGUGGAGUGCGAUUGAGAUGGCAUCAUCUGUGGAUCUGUUGGGGUGGUAUGCGAAUUGGAGUGGGUCUAAGGUGUCCGGGAUGAUGGUGUUGAUGUGAGUCAUGACCAGCCUUUCAAAGUACUUCAUGGCUACAGACAUCAGUUCUACGGGUUGGUAGUCAUUUAGGCAGGUUAUCUUAGUGUCCUUGGGCAUGGGGACUAUGGUGGUCUGCUUGAAACAUGUUGGUAUUACCGACUGAGUCAGGGAGAGGUUGAAAAUGUCAGUGAAGACACUUGCCAGUUGGUCCGCGCAUGCUUUGAGUAUACGUCCUGGUAAUCCGACUGGCCCCGCAGCCUUGUGAAUGUUGACCUGUUUAAAGGUCUUGCUCACAUCAGGUACAGAGAACAUGAUCACACAGUCAUCCGGAACAGCUGGUGCUCUCAUGCAUGCUUCAGUGUUGGUUGCCUCGAAGCGAGCAUAAAAGGCAUUUAGCUCAUCUGGUAGGCUCGUGCCACUGGGCAGCUCACGCCUGGGUUUCCCUUUGUAGUCCGUACUAAUUUGCAAGCCCUGCCACAUCCGAUUAGCUUCAGAGCCGGUGUCGUAGGAUUAAAUCUUAGUCCUGUAUUGACUCUUUGCCUGUUUGAUGGUUCGUCGGAGGGCAUAGCGGGAUUUCUUAUAAGUGUCCGGGUUAGAGUCCCGCUCCUUGAAAGCAGCAGCUCUACCCUUUAGCUCAGUGUGGAUGUUGCCUGUAAUCCAUGGCUUCUGGUUGGGAUAAGUACGUACGGUCACUGUGGGGACGACGUCGUCGAUGCACUUAUUGAUGAAGCCGUUGACUGAGGUGGUAUACUCCUCAAUGCCAUUGGAUGAAUCCCAGAACAUAUUCCAGUCUGUGCUAGCAAAACAGUCCUGUAGCGUAGCAUCCGCGUCAUCUGACCACUUCCGUAUUGAGCGAGUCACUGGUACUUCCUGCUUUAGUUUUUGCUUGUAAGCAGGAAUCAGGAGGAUAGAAUUAUGGUCGGAACCUAAGUGAGACAAUGCCUGCAACUCAGCAGUUGGCUCAUCCAAACAACCCAGCAGUUGGGUCCAGUUGGGUCAACCAAACAACCCAGCAGUUGGGUCCAGUUGGGUCAACCAAACAACCCAGCAGUUGGGUCCAGUUGGGUCAACCAAACAACCCAGCAGUUGGGUCCAGUUGGGUCAACCAAACAACCCAGCAGUUGGGUCAUCCAACCAACCCAGCAGUUGGGUCAACCAAACAACCCAGCAGUUGGGUCAACCAAACAACCCAGCAGUUGGGUCCAGUUGGGUCAACCAAACCACCCAGCAGUUGGGUCAUUCAAACAACCCAGCAGUUGGGUCAACCAAACAACUCAGCAGUUGGGUCAUUCAAACAACCCAGCAUUUUCUAGUGUGCCUAUUACAAUUGGAUUAGUUGCGAAACGCUAUAUUUUGUCAUACUCGUUUUUGAUUGGCUUAAAGGGCAUUCUAGCGUGUGUAUUAUUUCCCUAUAAUGCACGGUAUAAUUCAAUGGCUAUGAAGUUCAUUCUUACAUGUUCUAUGUUUGAGCUGCUUUUGAAGGCAAGAGUCAAAUUGAAGGCAUUAUUGUCAUUAUUGUCAUUAUUGAAUUUGAUUUUCAUAAUAGCAAGCUAGGGCUGAUGGUCUGGGAAGGCUUUCCACUAGAUGUUGGAACAUUGCUGCGGGGACUUUUUCCCAUUCAGCCACAAGAGCAUUAGUGAGGAUGUGCAAAGCUGUCAUCAAGGCAAAGGAUGGCUAUUUGAAGUAUCUCAAAUAUAAAAUAUAUAUUGAUUUGUUUAACACUUUUUUGGUUACUACAUGAUUCCAUAGGUGUUAUUUCAUAGUUUCGAUGUCUUCACAUUAUUCUACAAUGUAAAACAUAGUAAAAAUAAAGAAAAACCCUUGAAUGAGUAGGUGUGUCCAAACUUUUGACUGGUACUGUAUAUACAUAUUAAGAGACCACUGCAAAAAUAUAAGUUUCUCUGGUUUUACUAUUUAUAGGUAUGUGUUUGGGUGAAAUUAACAUGUUUGUUUUAUUCUAUAAACUACUGACAACAUUUCUCCCAAAUUCCAAAUAAAAAUAUUGUCGAAGGAUUACUUUAUCCUAUCCCAGGUAUUCCUUAAAGAGGUGGGGUUUCAAAUGCCUCCGGAAGGUGGUGAGUGACUCCGCUGUCCUGGCGUCGUGAGGGAGCUUGUUCCACCAUUGGGGUGCCAGAGCAGCGAACAGUUUUGACUGGGCUGAGCGGGAACUAUGCUUCCGCAGAGGAAGGGGAGCCAGCAGGCCAGAGGUGGAUGAACGCAAUGCCCUCGUUUGGGUGUAGGGACUGAUCAGAGCCCGAAGGUACAGAGGUGCCGUUCCCCUCACUCAUUCAAGCAGCUCGGCUUUGUUUGAUGGCUUGUGACCAUCCAUCUUCCUCUUGAUCACAUUCCAGAAGUUUUCAAUGGGGUUCAGGUCUGGAGAUUUGGCUGGCCAUGACAGGGUCUUGAUCUGGUGGUCCUCCAUCUACACCUUGAUUGACCUGGCUGUGUGGCAUGGCGCAUUGUCCUGCUGGAAAAACCAAUCCUCAGAGUUGGGGAACAAUGUCAGAGCAAAAGGAAGCAAGUUUUCUUCCAUGACAACCUUGUACGUGGCUUGAUUCAUGCGUCCUUCACAAAGACAAAUCUGCCCGAUUCCAGCCUUGCUGAAGCACCCCCAGAUCAUCACCGAUCCUCCACCAAAUUUCACAGUGGGUGCGAGACACUGUGGCUUGUAGGCCUCUCCAGGUCUGUCUAACCAUUAGACAACCAGGUGUUGGGCAAAGCUGAAAAUUGGACUCAUCAGAGAAGAUGACCUUACUCCAUUCCUCUACGGUCCAAUCUUUAUGGUCUUUUGCAAACCUCAGCCUGGCUCUUCUUUGCUUCUCAUUGAUGAAGGGCUUUUUUCUAGCUUUGCACGACUUCAGCCCUGCCCCUAGGAGCCUGUUUCGAACCGUCCUCACCGUGCACUUCACCCCAGCUGCCGUUUGCCAUUCUUUUUGUAGGUCACUUGAUGUCAUCCUGCGGUUGUUGAGUGACAUUCGAAUGAGUUGGCGGUCAUUCCGGUCAGUAGAGAAUCAUUUUCGCCCUCUGCUGGUCUGUAGCUUUGUUGUCCCCAAUGUCUGCUGCUUGACCUUGUUCUUAUGAACCGCCGUCUUUGAAAUUUUGAGGAUGGAAGCAACCUGAAGCUCACUGUAUCCCUCUGCCAGUAAAGCCAGAAUUGAACCCUUCGUUUCCUCACUCAAAAGUUAUUUUUUGAUUAAUAUUACUUUUGAGGUAUAUUAGCACUGUUUUUGCCAUCCAGCUGGUCCUAUUGCAAGAGGAUAGUGAUGACCACAGCAGUGGUUUUUAUACUUUUCCUCGUUAAAUAAGAUUUGGUUCAUGUGAUCACCUAAUCAGUACCUAAUUCAGUAGAAUGAGGUGUGCCUGUGUUGGAAUUCAACAGACACUGGAAUGGAAUAGCUGUCAUAUAUGUAGAGAUGCUGAUUUCAGAAAAAUGUGCAGUGGUCUCUUAAUUUUUUCCACAGCUGUGUAUAUAUAUAUAUAUAUAUAUAUAUAUAUAUCCUGCAUACAGGCUAUCCUGUAUACUGAUAUACAGUGCAUUCAGAAUGUAUUCAGACCCCUUGACUUUUUCCACAUUUUGUUUCGUUACAGCCUAAUUCUAAAAUGGAUUAAAUAAAUACAUUCUCAUCAAUCUACACACAAUACCCCAUAAUGACAAAGCGAAAACAGGUUUUUUUAAAUUUUAGCAGAUUUAUAAAAUUUAAAAACAGAAAUUCCUCAUUUACAUAAGUAUUCAGACCCUUUGCUAUAAGACUCGAAAUUGAGCUCAGGUGCAUCCUGUUUCCAUUGAUCAUCGUUGAGAUGUUUGUACAACUUGAUUGGAGUCCACCUGUGGUAAAUUCAAUUGAUUGGACAUGAUUUGGAAAGGCACACACCUGUCUAUAUAAUGUCCCACAGUUGACAGUGCAUGUCAGAGCAAAAACCAAGCCAUGAGGUCGAAGGAAUUGUCCGUAGAGCUCAGAGUCAAGAUUGUGUCGAGGCACAGAUCUGGGGAAGGGUACGAAAAAAUGUCGGCAGCAUUGAAGGUCCCCAAGAACACAGUGGCCUCCAUCAUUCUUAAAUGGAAGAAGUUUAGAACCACCAAGACUCUUCCUCUUUCUGUUUUGUAUGGUGUUCCUCGUAUUGCGAAUCCCAUAAGCCCCACUGGACUCGUCUGAAGUCGGUACCGCCGAUGUGCCAGCUUCUAUCUGUAGUGUCCAAACCGUUUGGGUUACGAACUAAUAUGACUAAUACUAAUACUACUAGCGCGCACCGCUAACUAGCUAGCCAUUUCACACCGGUUACACUUGGACCAGUCUGUCUCUGUAGCACCUGGAAAGAGACGGAUAGAGUUAGUGAGUGUGCUCACCCCUGACCUCCCAUUGGCCCAGGGCCUCCUGCCUAACCCUCCCCCUGACCUCCCAUUGGCCCAGGGCCUCCUGCCUAACCCUCCCCCUGACCUCCCAUUGGCCCAGGGCCUCCUGCCUAACCCUCCCCCUGACCUCCCAUUGGCCCAGGGCCUCCUGCCUAACCCUCCCCCUGACCUCCCAUUGGCCCAGGGCCUCCUGCCUAACCCUCCCCCUGACCUCCCAUUGGCCCAGGGCCUCCUGCCUAACCCUCCCCCUGACCUCCCAUUGGCCCAGAGCCUCCUUCCUAACCCUCCCCCUGACCUCCCAUUGGCCCAGAGCCUCCUUCCUAACCCUCCCCUGACCUCCCAUUGGCCCAGAGCCUCCUUCCUAACCCUCCCCCUGACCUCCCAUUGGCCCAGGGGCUCCUUCCUAACCCUCUCCCUGACCUCCCAUUGGCCCAGAGCCUCCUUCCUAACCCUCCCCUGACCUCCCAUUGGCCCAGAGCCUCCUUCCUAACCCUCCCCCUGACCUCCCAUUGGCCCAGGGGCUCCUUCCUAACCCUCUCCCUGACCUCCCAUUGGCCCAGAGCCUCCUGCCUAACCCUCCCCCUGACCUCCCACUGGUCCAGGGCCUCCUGCCUAACCCUCCCCUGACCUCCCAUUGGCCCAGAGCCUCCUGCCUAACCCUCUAGCCAGUCUCUCUGACAGGGAGUUACUGCAGUAGUAGACUGUUGUAUGGUGCAGAGGGUUUCUCCACUCCUCAUGAGUGUAGUAUUAGCUCUUGAAAUGGUAUAAUGCAAUGUAAAGGAACAAAUAAUAUCAUGAUUUACUGACAUGGAGUGCUCCAUGUUCCUGCUGACAUUCAUACAUCCAGUCUAUUUCUACUAUUUAUCUUCUUAAAAUCCGAUUUUAAUCCUAAGCCUAACCACACUAAUUACCUUGUACCUAACCUGAAAUGAAGACCAAAAAGCAAAAUAUUAUUUUCAUGAUUUUUUACGAUUUGGCCAAUUUUGACUUUGUGGCUGUGGUAACUAGUGGAAACCCAACAGAGCUGAUAAUAAUAAUAAUAAUAUAAUAUGCCAUUUAGCAGACGCUUUUAUCCAAAGCGACUUACAGUCAUGCGUGCAUACAUUUUUUUUUGUGUAUGGGUGGUCCCGGGGAUCGAACCCACUACCUUGGCGUUACAAGCGCCGUGCUCUACCAGCUGAGCUACAGAGGACCACAUGAUGCACGCCAUUUUGUGAUAAUGGUUACGACAAAUGACAUGGCAUCCAUGUGAAUUUAUAGCGCAGCUAUUAUUUAUAUUAUGGCACCACGUAUCACUUCACUAACAAUUGCUACCUUGACUUAUUCCAUCAUGACAUCAACAUGCUCCUUAUUUGACUGUAGUUAGCUGCUAGCUUAGCCAGAUGCAGCCUGUGAUUGAGGACGGGCUAAUUUAGCAGCCAAACUGCUUCAAAUAGGGUGAUUAGCCUAGGUAGCUAGCUAACUAAAUAAUAACCCUAUUAACUCUAGAAGUAUCGACUCUAUUGCUUAAUUCAGAAAGUAGGCUUCACCUCAUUAGCUUGCUUGCUAGCUAGACGUGAUCGAGCUAAUGUGAGCUAGCUAGCAAACAUGCAUUGUUUCUGACAUGCAACGAUCCUGCUUACUUUACAUUUGACAGAUAUUUAGCUACUGUAGCUAGCUUCUAAGAUAAUGGUUUAUGAUAAUUGCAGUUAGUUCAUUAUCUAGCUAGCUAACUAGUUAGCUAAGUGUAAAAUGCAGCUAGCUAGCUAACCAACUAGGCAGUUAUCAAAGAUAUUCAGUUGGUAAUUUACCAUACUUUUCUGACCAACUAGACAAUGCUACUAAUUGUUGCCUGCUCCCGUCUAUCUUCAGAUCUUCUUCUAGGUUCAAACGAUAUGGCUGUAGUCUGGUGCUUCAUUGUCAAAAGAAACCCACUCGCACACUGCCAUCUGGUGCAUUUAGAAGAUGAUGGAACAAAAAACAAAAUAGAAAAACGCAUGUUUUUUUUGUCUGUAAUAUAUUUUACCAGAUCUAAUGUGUUAUAUUCUCCUACAUUAAUUUCACAUUUCCACAAACUUCAAAGUUUUUCCUUUCAAAUGGUAUCAAGAAUAUGCAUAUCCUUGCUUCAACUCCUGAGCUACAGGCAGUUAGAUUUGGGUCAUUUUAGGUGAAAAUUGAAAAAAAGGGUCCAAUCCUUAAUUUUACUUUUUUACAUUUUUAGUCAUUUAGCAGACGCUCUUAUCCAGAGCGACUUACAGGAGCAAUUAGGGUUAAGUGCCUUGCUCAAGGGCUUGCUCAGGCUCCAUUAAUCCACCAGGAAUAGAUCACGCUCCAUACAUCUACCAGGAAUAGAUCACGCUCCAUACAUCUACCAGGAAUAGAUCACGCUCCAUACAUCUACCAGGAAUAGAUCACGCUCCAUACAUCCACCAGGAAUAGAUCACUCUCCAUACAUCCACCAGGAAUAGAUCACGCUCCAUACAUCCACCAGGAAUAGAUCACGCUCCAUACAUCUACCAGGAAUUGUCACGCCCUGGCUCUGGGGACACUGUUAUGUUGAGCCAGGGUGUGUAGAUCUAUGUUCCCUAUUUCUAUGUUGGCCUGAGUGACUCCCAAUCAGAGGCAACGAGUGUCAGCUGUUUGCUGGUUGUCUCUGAUUGGGAGCCAUAUUUAUACUGUCGGUUUUUCCUUUGGUUUUGUGGGUUCUUGUUUCGAGUUGGUUGUGUUAUACCGUGUACUGUCACGUUUCCGUCUUUUGUUGUUUUGAUAUCGUUUCGCUUAAUAAAUGAGUAUGUUUGCCUGCAACGCUGCGCCUUGGUCUACUCCUUACCCUGGCGAUCGUGACAGAAGAACCCACCAAAACUGGACCAAGCAGCGAGUCGAGGAGCCAUCACCAGGGAAAUCCCUAGCAGAUCUCCGUGGCAGCCUCGACUGGGUCAAGCCGAGUGAAGAGCGGAGAGAGUGGACUUGGGAACAAUGGAUUAAGAGUCUCGACUGGGCCAAGCCAAGUGAAGAGCAGAGAGGUUGGACUUUGAAGCAGUGGGGUGAGAGUCUGGCGAGAACUAGGGAGGCCUGGUCCACGGGGAGGAGAGAACCCCAGAAAAUUUUUAGGGGGGGGCUCAUGACGUGGACGACGGGGCAGCAGGACUCCGCGAUGGAGCAGUCCAGCGGGUGUGCAGAGGAGGCCGCCAGGUUAAGGGGGCCACUGGUCACAGAGGAGAGGGAAAGUGUGGAGGCACGGCGAGAGGUACUGGGGUGUGUUACCAGUCCGGUCCGGCCCGUUCCUGAUACCUGCGUAGGGCCAGUGGUGUGUGUCCCCAGUACGGUCCGGCCUGUUCCUGUUCCUCGCAUCGAGCCUGUGGUGCGUGUCGUCAGCCCGGCCCGGCCUGUUCCUGCUCCCCGCACCAAACCUAUGGUGCGCGUCGCCAGCCCGGUCCGGCCCGUUCCUGCUCCCCGCACCAAGUCUGGGGUGCGUUUCGUCAGCCCUGUCCGGCCCGUUCCUGCUCUCCGCACCAAGUCUGUGGUGCGCGUCGCCAGCCCGGUCCGGCCUGUUCCUGCUCCCCGCACCAAACCUGUGGUGCGUUUCGUCAGCCCUGUCCGGCCCGUUCCUGCUCUCCGCACCAAGUCUGUGGUGCGCGUCGCCAGCCUGGUCCGGCCCGUUCCUGCUCUACGCAUCAAGUCUGUGGUGCGCGUCGCCAGCCCAGUCCGGCCCAUUCCUGCUCCACGCACCAAGCAAGGGGUGCGUAUCGUCAGCCCGGUCCGGCCAGUUGCUACUCCACGCACCAAGCCAGGGGUGCGCAUCGUCAGCCCGGUCCGGUCCAUUCCUGCUCCACGCACCAAGCCAGGGGUGCGCAUCGUCAGCCCGGUCCGGUCCGUUCCUGUUCCACGCACCAAGCCAGGGGUGCGUGUCGUCAGUCCGGCUCCGGCCAGCGGGGCCAGACCGGACCAGGGGUACUUUGGGGGGUUGGAGAGGAAGUGGGGAUCAGGCCCAGAGCCGGAUUCGCCGCCAAGGCGGAGUGCCCACCCGGUCCCUCCCCUGUGGUAUGUAGUUGGCUCGGUCGGAGUCCGCGCCUUUAGGGGGGGGUACUGUCACGCCCUGGCUCUGGGGACACUGUUAUGUUGAGCCAGGGUGUGUAGAUCUAUGUUCCCUAUUUCUAUGUUGGCCUGAGUGACUCCCAAUCAGAGGCAACGAGUGUCAGCUGUUUGCUGGUUGUCUCUGAUUGGGAGCCAUAUUUAUACUGUCGGUUUUUCCUUUGGUUUUGUGGGUUCUUGUUUCGAGUUGGUUGUGUUAUACCGUGUACUGUCACGUUUCCGUCUUUUGUUGUUUUGAUAUCGUUUCGCUUAAUAAAUGAGUAUGUUUGCCUGCAACGCUGCGCCUUGGUCUACUCCUUACCCUGACGAUCGUGACAGGAAUAGAUCACGCUCCAUACAUCUACCAGGAAUAGAUCAGGCUCCAUUAAUCUACCAGGAAUAGAUCACGCUCCAUACAUCUACCAGGAAUAGAUCACGCUCCAUACAUCUACCAGGAAUAGAUCACGCUCCGUACAUCUACCAGGAAUAGAUCACGCUCCAUACAUCUACCAGGAAUAGAUCACGCUCCAUACAUCUACCAGGAAUAGAUCACGCUCCAUACAUCUACCAGGAAUAGAUCACGCUCCGUACAUCUACCAGGAAUAGAUCACGCUCCAUACAUCUACCAGGAAUAGAUCACGCUCCGUACAUCUACCAGGAAUAGAUCACGCUCCAUACAUCCACCAGGAAUAGAUCACGCUCCAUACAUCUACCAGGAAUAGAUCACGCUCCAUACAUCUACCAGGAAUAGAUCACGCUCCAUACAUCCACCAGGAAUAGAUCACGCUCCGUACAUCUACCAGGAAUAGAUCACGCUCCGUACAUCUACCAGGAAUAGAUCAAGCUCCAUACAUCUACCAGGAAUAGAUCAUGCUCCAUACAUCUACCAGGAAUAGAUCACGCUCCAUACAUCCACCAGGAAUAGAUCACGCUCCAUACAUCUACCAGGAAUAGAUCAGGCUCCAUACAUCUACCAGGAAUAGAUCACGCUCCAUACAUCCACCAGGAAUAGAUCACGCUCCGUACAUCUACCAGGAAUAGAUCACGCUCCGUACAUCCACCAGGAAUAGAUCACGCUCCGUACAUCUACCAGGAAUAGAUCAAGCUCCAUACAUCUACCAGGAAUAGAUCACGCUCCGUACAUCUACCAGGAAUAGAUCACGCUCCAUACAUAUACCAGGAAUAGAUCACGCUCCAUACAUCUACCAGGAAUAGAUCACGCUCCGUACAUCUACCAGGAAUAGAUCACGCUCCAUACAUCUACCAGGAAUAGAUCACGCUCCAUACAGCUACCAGGAAUAGAUCACGCUCCAUACAUCCACCAGGAAUAGAUCACGCUCCGUACAUCUACCAGGAAUAGAUCACGCUCCAUACAUCUACCAGGAAUAGAUCACGCUCCAUACAUAUACCAGGAAUAGAUCACGCUCCAUACAUCUACCAGGAAUAGAUCAAGCUCCAUUAAUCUACCAGGAAUAGCUCAAGCUCCAUACAUCUACCAGGAAUAGAUCAAGCUCCAUACAUCUACCAGGAAUAGCUCAAGCUCCAUUAAUCUACCAGGAAUAGCUCAAGCUCCAUUAAUCCACCCAGGAAUAGCUCAAGCUCCAUUAAUCCACCCAGGAUCCACCCAGGAAUAGAUCAAGCUCCAUUAAUCCACCCAGGAAUAGAUCAAGCUACAUUAAUCCACCCAGGAAUAGCUCAAGCUCCAUACAUCUACCAGGAAUAGAUCAAGCUCCAUACAUCUACCAGGAAUAGCUCAAGCUCCAUUAAUCUACCAGGAAUAGCUCAAGCUCCAUUAAUCCACCCAGGAAUAGCUCAAGCUCCAUUAAUCCACCCAGGAAUAGCUCAAGCUCCAUUAAUCCACCCAGGAAUAGAUCAAGCUCCAUUAAUCCACCCAGGAAUAGAUCAAGCUACAUUAAUCCACCCAGGAAUAGCUCAAGCUCCAUACAUCUACCAGGAAUAGAUCAAGCUCCAUACAUCUACCAGGAAUAGCUCAAGCUCCAUUAAUCUACCAGGAAUAGCUCAAGCUCCAUUAAUCCACCCAGGAAUAGCUCAAGCUCCAUUAAUCCACCCAGGAAUAGAUCAAGCUCCAUUAAUCCACCCAGGAAUAGAUCAAGGUCCAUUAAUCCACCCAGGAAUAGCUCAAGCUCCAUUAAUCCACCCAGGAAUAGCUCAAGCUCCAUUAAUCUACCAGGAAUAGCUCAAGCUCCAUUAAUCCACCCAGGAAUAGCUCAAGCUCCAUUAAUCCACCCAGGAAUAGAUCAAGCUCCAUUUAUCUACCCAGGAAUAGAUCAAGCUCCAUUAAUCCACCCAGGAAUAGAUCAAGCUACAUUAAUCCACCCAGGAAUAGCUCAAGCUCCAUACAUCUACCAGGAAUAGAUCAAGCUCCAUACAUCUACCAGGAAUAGCUCAAGCUCCAUUAAUCUACCAGGAAUAGCUCAAGCUCCAUUAAUCCACCCAGGAAUAGCUCAAGCUCCAUUAAUCCACCCAGGAAUAGCUCAAGCUCCAUUAAUCCACCCAGGAAUAGAUCAAGCUCCAUUAAUCCACCCAGGAAUAGAUCAAGCUACAUUAAUCCACCCAGGAAUAGCUCAAGCUCCAUACAUCUACCAGGAAUAGAUCAAGCUCCAUACAUCUACCAGGAAUAGCUCAAGCUCCAUUAAUCUACCAGGAAUAGCUCAAGCUCCAUUAAUCCACCCAGGAAUAGCUCAAGCUCCAUUAAUCCACCCAGGAAUAGAUCAAGCUCCAUUAAUCCACCCAGGAAUAGAUCAAGAUCCAUUAAUCCACCCAGGAAUAGCUCAAGCUCCAUUAAUCCACCCAGGAAUAGCUCAAGCUCCAUUAAUCUACCAGGAAUAGCUCAAGCUCCAUUAAUCCACCCAGGAAUAGCUCAAGCUCCAUUAAUCCACCCAGGAAUAGAUCAAGCUCCAUUUAUCUACCCAGGAAUAGAUCAAGCUCCAUUAAUCUACCCAGGAAUAGAUCAAGCUCCAUUAAUCCAACCAGGAAUAGAUCAAGCUCCAUUAACCAACCAGGAAUAUAUCAAGCUCCAUUAAUCCACCCAGGAAUAGAUAAAGCUCCAUUAAUAUACCAGGAAUAGAUCAAGCUCCAUUAAUCCACCCAGGAAUAGAUCAAUUUCCAUUAAUCCACCCAGGAAUAGCUCAAGCUCCAUUAAUCCACCCAGGAAUAGCUCAAGCUCCAUUAAUCUACCAGGAAUAGCUCAAGCUCCAUUAAUCCACCAAGGAAUAGCUCAAGCUCCAUUAAUCCACCCAGGAAUAGAUCAAGCUCCAUUAAUCUACCCAGGAAUAUAUCAAGCUCCAUUAAUCCACCCAGGAAUAGAUCAAGCUCCAUUUAUCUACCCAGGAAUAGAUCAAGCUCCAUUAAUCUACCCAGGAAUAGAUCAAGCUCCAUUAAUCCAACCAGGAAUAGAUCAAGCUCCAUUAACCAACCAGGAAUAUAUCAAGCUCCAUUAAUCCACCCAGGAAUAGAUAAAGCUCCAUUAAUAUACCAGGAUUAGAUCAAGCUCCAUUAAUCCACCCAGGAAUAGAUCAAUUUCCAUUAAUCCACCCAGGAAUAGCUCAAGCUCCAUUAAUCCACCCAGGAAUAGCUCAAGCUCCAUUAAUCUACCAGGAAUAGCUCAAGCUCCAUUAAUCCACCCAGGAAUAGCUCAAGCUCCAUUAAUCCACCCAGGAAUAGAUCAAGCUCCAUUAAUCUACCCAGGAAUAUAUCAAGCUCCAUUAAUCUACCCAGGAAUAGAUCAAGCUCCAUUAAUCCAACCAGGAAUAGAUCAAGCUCCAUUAACCAACCAGGAAUAGAUCAAGCUCCAUUAAUCUACCAGGAAUAGCUCAAGCUCCAUUAAUCCACCCAGGUUUAGAUCAAGCUCCAUUAAUCCACGCAGGAGUAGAUCAAGCUCCAUUAAUAUAUGCAGGAAUAAAUCACGCUCCAUUAAUCUACCAGGAAUAGAUUAAAUUCCAUUAAUCCAACCAGGAAUAUAUCAAGCUCCAUCAAUCUACCAGGAAUAGAUCAAGCUCCAUUAAUCUACCAGAAAUAGAUUCAGCUCCAUGAAUCCAUCCAUGAGUAAAUUAAGAUCCAUUAAUCCACCCAGGAAUAUAUCAAGCUCCAUUAAUCUACCCAGGAAUAGAUCAAGCUCCGUUGAUCUACAAGGAAAAGAUAAAGCUCCAUCAAUCUACCCAGGAAUAGAUCAAGAUCCAUUAAUCCACCCAAUAGUAUAUCAAGCUUCAUUAACUAUUUCUAUUUUGGGGGUAACUUUGUAUUUGAAGUUCUCUGCAGUCCCAGUCAGACAGAUAGCCUAACCAUCUUGAUUUUAUGUUUAACAGAGAUCUUCUAUGACUAAAGUGACGCGGAAGGGCAAAAAAGCAUCUAACGAUCUCAAGACUACGAAGGCUCAGGGAAACGAUUCCCUGAUUGCGUUCAGCGUUGUUUUGAGAGCAGUGUUGUCCAGAGAAAGGAUAGAACACAGAGAUAGAACACAGGGAUAGAACACAGGGAUAGAACACAGGGAUAGAACACAGGGAUAGAACACAGAGAUAGAACACAGGGAUAAAACACAGGGAUAGAACGCAGGGAUAGAACACAGAGAUAGAACACAGGGAUAGAACACGGGGAUAGAACACAGGGAUAGAACAUAGGGAUAGAACACAGGGAUAGAACACAGAGAUAGAACACAGAGAUAGAACACAGGGAUAGAACACAGGGAUAGAACACAGGGAUAGAACACAGGGAUAGAACGCAGGGAUAGAACACAGGGAUAGAACACAGGGAUAGAACACAGAGAUAGAACACAGGGAUAGAACACGGGGAUAGAACACAGGGAUAGAACAUAGGGAUAGAACACAGGGAUAGAACACAGAGAUAGAACACAGAGAUAGAACACAGGGAUAGAACACAGGGAUAGAACACAGGGAUAGAACACAGAGAUAGAACGCAGGGAUAGAACACAGAGAUAGAACGCAGGGAUAGAACACAGAGAUAGAACACAGGGAUAGAACACAGGGAUAGAACACAGAGAUAGAACACAGGGAUAGAACACAGGGAUAGAACACAGGGAUAGAACACAGGGAUAGAACACAGAGAUAGAACACAGGGAUAGAACACAUGGAUAGAACACAGAGAUAGAACACAGGGAUAGAACACAGGGAUAGAACACAGGGAUAGAACCGUAGAAUUACAUAUAAAAUCCAUAGAAGUAAUUUAACAGAAUCUCUGUGGAUUAAGAACACAACACUCUUAGAAUAAAAGGUUCUGGAUAGAACCAAAAAGGUUCUAUGCUUGCUUCGUAUAUGCCCCCCCUAAAUGUUCUAUAAAGAACCAAAAUUGAUUCCAUAUAGAACCCUAUAUGGAACCCAAGGGUUCUAUAUGGAUCCAAUUUUGGUUCAGUGGGGUUGUGAUCAAAGAACCAUACAAAAGGGUUCUAUAUAGAAGCUUUAGGGAUGCCAUAUAUGAAGCAUGCAAUAUAAUCCUUAUUGGUUCUACCCAGAACCUUUUUUUCUGAGAGUGAAGGAUAGAACACAGGGCAUUGAGGUGAAAUUGGUAUCGACUUCACAUCAGGCCCAUUUCAGUGUGAGGGAUGAUGGGAUGUAUUCAGAAAGAGUACAGUACUCCAGACUGGACAGCUUCUAAUCGAAUGUAAUCACCAUCAUUUCUCCACGGAGUAAACUCUCAGUGAAAUGUUACCAAGCAACAGCCAAUCUGUUUACAACAUGUGGUCAAAGACCAUUGAUGGGAGAUUCCUCACUGACACACAGUGACACACUCAGCACUUCCUGCUAAGAGCUUUUCGAGGAGAAAAAAAAGUAAAUGGUCAUAAAUUGCAGAGUGGUGGACAAGUUGAUAAUCUCUUUAGCCUGUUCUAGACCUCCAUGUUGCGUUCCUCCUCCUUGAGUGUCUAGGCCUUGGGCCCUCCGCUUGCAGUCAGGUGGAGAAAGGCGCUGGCAAAUGGAGAUUCAUGUUAGCUCAUUGAAUUCAUCUCCAUCUUCCAGGUUGUACUAUUUGACAUGUCACUGAUCCAAAGUGAAUAGUAUGACUGUGUUGUAGUAAAAUGAUGUUGAUAUUUCUGAGCUGUCUAAGUAGCUGUCUGAAUGAGGAUGUGUUUCUGUGUUCUCUGUAGUCCUGACUGAGGACGCGUCGGGGGAUCACUCCGGCGGGGAGAACGGUGGUGGUAGCGGCAGUGAGAAGGACCAGGACCCUAGCAGCUCCCCCGAGGGCUCCAAGCCUUCUUGCUACACCCCCGAGCCCCCGGACACCCCGAACCAGGCAGAGGAUUGCCGCUACAGCUUCCCCUUGCCCCUCUCCAGCCUCCCUCUCCCCCUGGCCUUCCCCAAGACCUGCAGCACCUCUCCAGAGCCUAAGGCAGACAGCCCCCCUAAGGCCUACCCCGGGGUUGGGGCAGGGGGACUACCAGGGGACCACAGCCUGGUGAUUGAGGGCCUGUCUGGGUCUGUCUCCCUCCCCUUCAACCUGCGAGCCAACCGGCCACCCCUGGAGGUGCUGAAGAAGAUCUUCCCAUCCCACAAGCCCCCGGUUCUGGAAUUGAUCCUGCAGGGGUGUGGAGGGGACCUGGUGGGGGCCAUCGAGGUGCUGCUGUCCAGCCAGGCCCAGGAGGCCAGGGGGGGUCAUCCCCACAGCCAGAACCCCCACCCCGACACCCUGGUCCUUCCCUCUAAUGGCCACCUCCUCGAUCACCCCCUGGGGUCCUACCACCCUCUGGCCUCCUCUGCCAAGUGGUCUGUGGGCUCUGCCUUCAGGGUGCCUGAGUCCCUGCGCUUCUCGUCUGACUCGUCGUCCGGCCCCCUGGCCCUACACCCUGGGUCUUUCCCCCAGCCGCCCCGCUACCCCCUGAUGCUAAGGAACUCUCUGACCCGCGGCGGCCAGGCCGGACCCUUCUGCAACGACGUGACGCUGUGGAACACAAUGACACUGCAGCAGCAGUACCAGCUCAGGUCAGCUCAGUACGUCUCUCCUUUCUCCUCCGCUGGGGUCUUCCAACGCUCUCCGCUCCUCUCCUCCUCCUCCUCCUCCUCCUCCUCUCCGCUCCUCUCCUCCUCCCGCCCCCAGGAGGAGCACCGUCUCUCCCAGCUGGAGGAGGGCUGCCCUCCCGCCCCCAUCCCCCCCAUUCUCCCCACCCCCGGGGCCAAACAGACCCUCUACACCCAUGAGGAGGAGUACGAGGACCGCUCCGACUCCUCCGACUCACGAAUUCUCAACUCCUCCACCUGA